AUGCGCCGCCACGGCACCACGUCCUAUUGGACGUGGUGCUUGCUUGCAGCGUGCCUCUUGACGUUUGCUCCGCUCAAUACCAAGGCCGACUGUGUUGGCGUUAACAUCACCAGUGUCGAGCCCCGCAUUGGCCUGCCCGGGACGCGGGUUACCGUGCAUGGCUGUGGCCUCGAUGACGCCAACAUCGUCAAACUCGUCCUGGCCUCAGAUGGUGACUCGGUCGGUGAGGGCCAGGAAUUUUUGACUGCCGACUUUGACGCUGCCUCCAAUGACACGGCCAUCCUGGUCACCGUCAAAGCCUUGGCCCCUACGGACAUUUUCGGCCCGGCCGGCGACGUAGCCCUCUUUGACAGUACAACAGCCCUGUCGACGCUCGUCAACGAAUCAGAGUUUGCCUUUCAAGUCCUGCGAAGUUUCACCAUCGAGCCGGCUGUCGAUGCUGUCGAGGUACAGGAUGGUACACGGGUAACGAUGGACAUUGAAUUUGGCGAGGCAUGGGCCAGUGCUGAAUCCAUUGACACCUUUUUGCUGGCCGACAGCGUACCCGCCAUGGUCGAGUCUCGCCGACUGCUGUCUCGUCGCUUUGGCUUUGUCAAGUACGAGUUUGUGCUGCGUGCCGGCCUGGCUGCUCCCGGCACCUUUGGUCAAUCCAUUGUUGUCACAGCACAAGACGGUGCCACCACCACCUACACCGAAUUCAACGUCACCUACGUUGAGGCAGGCAAUAUCACGAGCGUUGUGCCCGAGUCUGGUAUCUACGGUACCACCGUGACCUUGACAGGCCAUGCUCUCUUUGGCGCCGUCGGUGGCAGUGGAGUCGACACCAUCAGCAUCAACGGCCAGGAGGCGCUUGCCAUUUCCUCUGAGACGGCCACCGAAGUCGUCUUUCGUGUGGGGCAUAGCAUUGGCACACUUCAAGAAAACGCCACCCUCCAAAUCGUGGCAACUGACGGCUCACGCACCACCCUCGCAAACGUCUUUGACCGCCUGCUGGACAGCAACGUCACCAGUGUCGAACCCCCCGCGGCGCAAGUAGGCCGCCUCGUGACUCUCACAGGCGAGCGUCUUCUUGGCAUUGACCCAGCCGCUACCCUCACCAGCCUCACUGUCGGCGACGAGGAAGCUGUGGCCGGCAUCGUGUCACAGACGGCAGACACGGUCGUCUUUGUGGUGCCCGCUGCAGCUGCGGCGGGGAAUUAUCCCCUGGCUGGCGAGAGCUCCGAUGACUCGAUCCUGAUCUCUCCCCUCAAUCUCACAGUUGCCGCAAUUUCCGCGGCCACCCCAGUCAGUGGACAGCAGGGCACUCGCAUCACGCUGGAUGGCGUUGGCUUGCUUUCGGGGGGUGCUGCUCUAAGCAGCGCUAGCGUUGGUGGCGUCACUGCCACUGUUCUUAAUGCUUCAGCUUCCCAAGUCAUCUUGGUUCUUGGAUCAGGAGCCCCAGGCGUGGCAGAGAUUGUACUUGUUGCUGACAACGGCUACAACGUCUCGGAUGAUACUCUCUUUAGUUAUAGCCCCCGCUCUACCAUUACCUCCGUCGAGCCCACUUCGGGCCAACAGGGUACACGGAUAUCCGUGCACGGCACUACGCUGCUUGGCGGCGGCACCAACAUCACGUCAGCCGUUGUGGAUGGUGCUCCAGCUGAGGUGGACUUUGCCAACGACACGCUCGUAGUUCUCGUGGCGUCCUCAAACCCACCGGGCGAGGGUGACGUCACCAUUACAGCUGACACGGGCGCCGUGGCCACGCUGGUGGAUGGUUUCAUCUACAUACCCGAGGGCACCGUGUCGACCGUCACGCCCACUUCUGGUGGCUAUGGCACUUCGGGUUGCCCUUGCUUCCGUGUUCCACCCCGCGCGUCGCACCCGCGCCUCUUCACGAUCUUUGCAUGGCUUGUAGGCACCAUCAUCACGGUGCUUGGGACCAGGCUCACCACUCUGGGCGACAACGUGACCGACGCCACCGUUGGCGGCAUAGCAGCUGAGGUUCUCAAUGCUUCUAGUACCUUUGCUGUUCUGCGCGUGGGCAAUCAGACCCAAGCUCAGGUGGCCGCCCCCAUCGUGCUUACAAGCGAUGUCGGUACACAAGCUACUGGCGGUGUCUUCGACUACAUUGACCCUCCUGUCAUUACCCUGGUUUCGCCAUCCGUUGCCGUCACUGGCUCGGAGAUCAAAAUCACUGGCAAUCGCUUAACGUGCGGUGGGGCCGGUGUGCUCAGCGCUACGCUUGCAGGCGUUCCCGUCACCACCAUCAGCGAAGACACAAGCAGCCUCGUCACAGUUGUAGCUGGCCAAAACCCUAACCCCGACGGUAACACGACCGGCGAUGUCGUCCUGUUUUGUUCCAAUGGAGCCACCGUCUUUGCCAGCGGACUCUUUCGCUAUCAACCGGAUGGUAACAUCACCAACGUGGAGCCGUCCUCGGGUCAAUAUGGCACACGCGUUACCAUCCGCGGUCUGGAGCUUCUGGGCAAUCCACCUUCCACGCUCCGGAGCGUCAAACUGGCCGGCGUUGAGGCUACCGUGGUCUCCGCCACAGAUGCCGAGGUCGUAGUCGCAGCCGGCCCGUCCUUUUUUGCACGCCAGGGAGAUGUUGUUAUCGAGACUCGCACCGGUGCCAUCUUCCGGUCCCCGAAUGCCUUUGAAUAUAUUCCCGAGGGCACCGUCUUCUCGGUCACACCUUCCUCCGGCCAAAUUGCAACAUUGGUCACACUCACUGGUUCUAGUCUGCGUGGAGGUGGUGCAUCAAUUGCGCAGCUCACCCUUGGCGGCAUCAACGUCACGGACCUUCGCAACGAGACGGACAGUCUCAUCAUUUUUGCUGUCCCAAACAUGACAGAAUCAGCAACAGCUCGCGAUAUUGUGAUCACAUCCGACACUGGCGCUAGCGUGAUCCGCAACCGCGCCUUUACCGUUCUCGAACCAGGCAUCAUCACCAGCAUCUCUCCCGAAAGUGGCACGCACGGCACCUACGUGACCACCGUGGGUGAGCGACUCCUGGGCAACGGUGCAACCGUCACGCUCGGUGGAAUUGAAGCCCUUGAGCUGGUGCAUGGUAAUGAUACAGUGGUUGUAUUUCGAGUGGGCGAUAACGAGCGCGACACAAGCGCUGCAACCAAUCUCGUCAUUACGGCUGCUUCGGGACCCGCCACGGUGUACUCUGGCAAUUGGACCUGGAUUAACAGCAGCGUUGUCAGUGCCAUUAGCCCAACCUCUGGGCAGCGCGCAACACGUGUGACUUUGACAGGCACCAGUCUUUUGGGUAGUGGCAGCACCAUAUCUCAGGUAUCAUUUGGCGCCGUCAACUCCACCGUCGUGCACAGCAACGACACAUCCAUUGUGGUUCUGCUCGGCCCCAAUGGUGCUCUCGCAGGCAAUGUUUCAGUCACAAUCGAAGCCGAUACGGGCGCGUUGGCUUUUGUGGCUGAGCCCUUCCUUUUGCUGGCACAAGGCACCAUCACAAGCUUCGUUCCCACUUCAGGCACACGUGGGACGCGCAUCACUGUCUUUGGCGAGAACUUGCUAGCUGGGGCCGACAACCUCACUUCCAUUGUGGCCAAUGGUCAAGCACUGACCCCUCUGCACAUCAAUGAUACAGUCAUCGUGGCAGCGGUUCCAAUCGCCGCGGCGGCCUCCUCCGGUCCCAUCCGGCUCACCUUGACUUCGGGGGCAGAGGUGGAAUCGACAUCCGAUUUCACUUUUUUACCACCCGCUACAUUCACUGCCGUGAAUCCGACUUCGGGUGUCCAGGGCACGCGUGUCACGCUGCAAGGCACAGGACUCUUGGGCGGCGCCGCCACGGCCACAGUAUACAUGGGCUUGACCAUGGCCCAGAUUGAUGGCAACGCUUCAGACACCGAAAUUGUGAUCAUUACCCCAGCCGUUCCCCCGGGCGACUACACCUUUGCAGUCGAAGGCGACACCGGCGCCACGAUCACCGCUAAUGAUAAUUUCACUUACGGCGUGGAUGGUAUCAUUUCCGUCGACCGAGAUACAUACUGCAACCGAUACGACUAUCGUCUUGGAUAUGCCGGCCAAUGUUCCAGCCGGCCCCACAUUAGUAACAAUCGUCGCCGAUACAGGCGGGCGUGUACACGAGUGACCAUCUCUGGGUCCAGCCUGUUUGGAAACGGCACUGCCAUUACCUACGUCACCAUCAAUGGCAUCAACGCCUCUGCGAUUGAGUUUGCCAAUCAAACAGUGGUCGUGGUCGUCGCUGGCUACUCGCCAACUGCUACGGCUGCCGGUGAUGUGCUUGUGGUAGCCGACUCAGGUGCAGAGGUCACUGAACAGGCAGCGUUUACGUACGUGAGUGCGGCCGUCAUCACCGCGGUGCAACCACCAGGUCUUCAAAUUGGCAAGCGCAUCACAAUUACUGGCACCAACCUGUUCUCUGGAGCCUCCAACAUUUCCCGUGUAUCUAUCGACAACCAGGAUGUGCAGACGAUUCUUUCCAUUUCCUCGACUGAAAUCGUCAUUCGAUCCCCGGCAGGGCUUGAGGGCAGUGCCGCUACUGUGCGUAUCGAAGCAACCUCAGGUGCCUUUGUUGAGGCAGCUGCUCUUGCAAGUUUUGAGGCCCCAAGCACAAUUACUUCAGUGACACCCCUUCGUGGCAUGAACGGCACGUCGGUGACCGUUCUUGGUACUCACCUUUUUGGUGUUAGCAAUGGGACAACCAUUACCGUGGCGACGCUCGCUGAUGUGGAUGCUCGGGUUCAAUUCGAAAACCAAAGCAUGGUCAUCUUGCUCGCAGGUGAAGGGGCUUCUUUAAAUGGGUCAAUCACACUCGAGGCUGACUCGGGUGCACGGGUCGUAGCGACUGACACCUUUGAAUAUGUGGCCACUCCCGAGAUUGUGGCGAUUUCUCCUGCCUCGGGUGUAACGGGAACGCGUGUGACGUUGAGUGGAGUAGAGCUUCUGGGUGGCAGUGAGGUGAGCCCCACUGUGGAGCUCGCUGGUCUCUCAGCACGCGUACUCUCUUUUAAUGCGACCAGCAUCGUGCUUGAGGCAGGUGCCGGCGUUCUUGAAUCGGGCGUCGCUGUCAUUCGUUCAGCCAAUGGGGGCGUCAUCCACUCAGAUCCGAGUGUCAACUUUACUUUCGUGAACAGCUCAGAGAUCAUGAGUGUUACCCCUUUGAGUGGCCAAGGCGGUGUAUUGGUCACCAUUCAGGGCACUGCCAUGCUGGCAGGAGGCUCAAGUAUCGCCAGCGUACAGUUGGCUGGGAUUGCUGCCACCAUCCUGCCGGGAGCUGCAAACGACACUUACAUCAUCGUGUCAGCUGGUCCCAACCCCACAGGCAAUGCGACCAAUGGGUCGGUGAUAGUUACCAGUGACAACGGCGCAGUCACCUCCUUUGAAACUUUUUUCUAUCUGCAGAGCGGCGUGAUAUCUUUGGUGGAGCCCGCAUCCGGUCAGGUUGGGACCUACGUCACCAUAAGUGGCCGUGAUCUAACCGCAGGAGGAAGCAAUAUUGUCAAUGCUACGGUGGGAGGGUUCGAAGCGAGCGUCAUCGCCCAGAAUGACACCCUGGUGAUACUUCGCCUUGGCCAAGGCCCUGCGUUCUCGGGCGGCACAACGCAAGUCUCUUCUGAAUUGCGCCUCAUCAGCGACUUGAGCUCCUUUGUCGUCGCACCUGACCCCUUUGUUUACCUUGAGCCUGGCGAAGUCUUGCUCGUUGACAACCCGCGAGGACAGGGUGGACUGGAAAUCAAGCUCUUUGGCACCAACUUGUGCGGCAAUGGCGCCACUGACGUAGCGAACGCAACAAUUGUCGGUGUUCCCGUGACAAGCGUUACUGCUGACCAGAACUGUCAAAUUGUCACCUUGGUGGCAGCUUUCAACGACAUCGCAGCGGACGAAACAGGAGAUAUCGUGGUAGAGGGCGACACGGGUGCCGUCGUAACGGCGACCAACGCCUUUACCUAUGUGCCACCCAGCGUGAUUGAGUCCAUUUCGCCGGACGUUGCGCGUGGCGGUGACCAGGUCACCAUCACAGGCGUUAGCCUUUACGGCGGUGGUUCCAGCGUGGAAUUCGUGACCUUUGCAGGCAUUCCGGCGCUCAUCGAAUCUUUCAAUCGCACGGUUAUUAUCGCAACUGUCGGCGAAGGCCCUCGUUCCGUGGACACGCACAUUGGCGACGUUGCCAUCACCACUGACGUGAAUGUUGUCAUCACCAAGGCGAACGGCUUUGCUUAUAGCAUGGUUACCGCCAUCACCCCGGCGUAUGGUCAACAAGGAACUUUGGUCACAAUUCGUGGCCAUGGAUUAUCAGGAGGCGGACUUGAGAUUGUCGGCGUGAGUCUAAUCAAUAUUGAGGCCACAAUCAGAGCGGCCAACGAUACGUUUAUUCUGGUCGAAGCCGCGGCGCAUUCAAUCUCAUCCGCUCAAUCAGGCCUGGCCCGCAUCACCUUGAAUGAUACUCGGACCGUGAUUUCGGAAAGCGGGACAUCAGCCCAAUUCCAAUAUGAAUUUCAGUAUCGUCCCACCGGAAGGAUCACGUCUGUCACCCCGGGCCGUGGGACCGGUGAUUCAAUUGUUACGAUAUCUGGGACUCAGCUGUUUGGUCAUGCCACUGCGUUGAACCAGGUUCUCUUCAACGAGACGGUCGUGGAAAUAUCAAACGCCACAGCCCCGAACACGAGUCAAAUUGUAGUCGUUGCGCCGAAUCACACUGCAGGCGUCGUCGACAUUCGGGUUGAGGCUAGCUCCGGUGCCUACAUCGCGCUUGAGAAAGCCUUUGAGUAUCUUGCACCUGCCAACAUUGACAGCGUUGUGCCCAGCAGCAUCCACGCGGGCACACGCGUCACCAUUAGUGGUACUUCGCUCCUGGCGGGUGCUUCAUCGCUCAGCAGCGUGACGCUUGCCGGUGUUGCUGUGGAAUCUAUUGUAAGUGCCACGGAGAGCUCAGUCGUGGCGGUUGCUGCAGCAUCGCCCGCGGCGGUUGUGGGAGGCAAUGCUGUGCUUGUUUCAAACAACGGGGCACAGGUGUCACUGGCCGGCGUUGUGGACUAUGUCGCCCCCGGGGUCGUGACAAGCAUUGAACCAGCGCGUGUCACGGCUGGAACACUAGUCACUAUCGUCGGUACCACGCUGCUGGGUGGCUCUGCGGCUAACCCUCUGCCUACGGUAGAACUGGGUGGUCAUGUCGCGGCUGUGCAGUCAGCCAACGAGACAAUGAUUGUGGUGAUUGCACCGACAGCGCCAGACGGCAGCAGUAACAUCAGCAUCAUCGCUGCCAGUGGCGCUGAGGUAACCCAUGGUGAUGCCUUUUAUGUGUAUGUGUCUGCCCCGGUCGUGAGCCGGGUCGAGCCUGUGCAGGGCCAAGUGGGAACCAUCAUCACAAUCGUUGGUGAGCAGCUCUUCGGCGGCGCUGAUGAAAAGCCGACAGCUGUGGUGAUUGGCGGCACACCUGUGGCAUCUAUUGAUAGCAACAGCAACAACACGCACGUUAUUGUCACCUUGGCCGAGCCUGCAGUGAUUGGACCAGCCAACAUAAGCUUAACCAGCGCUAAUGGCGCACCCAUCGUUGAGAGUGACACGUCACUCUUCACAUAUUUGGUGGCAGGUGAGAUUACGAAUGUGCAACCCGCCACGGGUACGCGCGGUACGCGUGUAGUUCUCGAGGGUACGAACUUGGACCUUGGCUCGACGGUGACGCGCGUGCUCCUGGGUGGUUCGGUCAUCACGGACUUUGAUGUGGCCGCGGGUGCUGGGCAAAUUGUGCUUACGGCACCUGCCGGCACUGCCGGAGGUCCGGUCAGUGUGAUUAUUGAGACAGAACAUGGGGCCACGGCAACUCUUGCAUCCUCGUGGACGUUCGUGCCCGCUGGCGUUAUCAGCAGCAUUGCCCCUGCCUCGGGUCAAGGCGGUGCCCUGGUGACAAUCACCGGUACCUCUCUCCUGGGGGGCGCGAGCAAUGUGAGCCACGUUCUGGUAGAUGGUAUCAAUGUAACACGCAUUGAAUCACUCAGUAACACGGAAAUUGUGGUUGAGGUUGCUGUCCAACCAGCCGGAGAUGUGACAGGUGUUGAAGGAUCCGUACGCGUUGUUGCCGAUUCUGGUGCUUUUGUGGAGUCACUGGGCUUUACAUAUACACCGGCGCCCAUUGUGACCUCUGUCGAACCGCUGCAAGGUCAAAAGGGCACGCGCGUGACCAUUUCUGGAAGCAACUUACGUCAGGGUGCCAGUGCUGUAUCAGCUGUGCUGCUGGCCGGGCGCUCGGCAACUGUCAUCAGUGAAGACGACAGUGAGGUGGUGGUUGAAGCACCUGAUGGCACGGCGCUCGGACCAUUGCCGGUUGCCGUGCAGGCCUCUUCGGGGGCUAGCGUUUUGAGUGACAUUGCAACCGCAAAUUUCACCUUCUUGGAGCGUGGGGUCGUGAGCAACGUAGAGCCCAGCUCGGGUGGCCGCGGGUCGCGCGUGACCUUGAGUGGCACCAAUCUUUUUGGUGGCGCUGCAGCCCAGCCGACCAGUGUGACCAUUGGGGGCGUUGCGACCUCGAUUGUGAGUGCAAACGAUACAGUUGUAGUCGUCGUUGUAGGCAUUGUGCCGGCAGCCGAUGGCGCUGCGGCUCUUGAAGUCGUGGGCAGCGCCGGUGCUGACAUUGACGAGACGGUCACGUUUGAGUUCUUGACACCCGGGGUGCUAAAUAGCGUGGCGCCUGCCAUCGGUGUUUUUGGUACGCGCGUUACCUUGCAAGGCACUGACCUUCUGGGUGAUGGCAAUAGCGUGCUUGAUGUGCUCUUGAAUGGCGUCUCGGCGUGGGAAGUUGAAUCCUCUUCCCAAACUGAGAUUGUUGUGCGAGCGCCUUACAGUGCCACAGGCUCAGCUGCUCCGGGCGAGGUCCGCAUUAUUAGCGAUACGGGUAUUGUGACCACGCGUGCUUCAGCGUUCAGCUUUGGCAGCCCUCCUGUCAUUGCCGGCAGCGACCCUGCUUCGGGCGUGAAUGGCACUGAGGUUCUGAUUUACGGAAGCCACCUCAAGGCUCACGGCACGGCACCACAAGAGGCGCAGUCAGUAUCUCUGGCUGGCAUUGCGGCCACCAUCGUGAGUGCCAACGAUGUGUUUCUGCGUGUGGUGGCUGGUGAUGGCGCGGCUGGCACAACCGGUCCAAUCAUCGUUGAAACGCUUUCAGGCGCCGUCAUUAAUUCGAGCACUACAGGCAUUACAUUUACCUACGUUAGUGAGGCCAAUGUAACGGCCGUACAGCCUGCCCAGGGCGCGUAUCGUACUUUGGUGACGCUACAGGGCGAGAGCUUGCUCCAGGGUGCUGCGCGUGUUACACGCGUGAGCAUGGCUGGAGCAUUGGCCACGGUCAUGAGCUUCAAUGAUACGCAAAUUGUGGUGCAAGCCGGCGUGCCUGCCAACGAGGAUGAGAUUACGGGUGAUAUUGUUGUCGAGUAUGACACGGGUGCACGCCUUGUGGUCGAUGAUGGUUUUACCUACGUAAGCUCGCCCACCAUUACGGAUGUUGUGCCAGCGCGUGGUGUAGAGAACACUCGAGUGACGAUUAGUGGCGUGUCGUUGGGUGCUGGUGGUGAGGUGAUCGGUGUAACGCUCGCUGGCGUGGCGACAACGAUUGAGAGUGCCGGCAAUAGCACGUACUUGAUCGUUCGUGCGGGAGCAUCACCGGCUGCCGGUGGCCGCCUGGGCGCUGUGGUGAUUACAUCAAGCAAUGGGGCACGUGUGGAACGAGCAGGUGGCUUCCGCUACGUGGCUACGCCUGUUGUUACGUCGGUGAGCCCGGCAGCCGGUAUUCUUGGUACGCGCGUGACCAUUCAAGGCACCAACCUCCUUGCUGGUGCCUCUACGUUGGAGGGCGUUAGCUUGGGUGGUGUGGACGUGCUUACCAUUGUCAGCGUAAGCGAUACGCAAGUGAUUGUCGAAGCUGGCCAUGGUCUUGCGGCCAGUGACGUGGAUGUUGUGCUUACGAGUGUGGAUGGUGGCAGCGUGACUGGCGCGGGUGCCUGGACUUACCUCACUCCCGGGGAAAUUCAGGAGGUGCUACCGUCAUAUGGUGGCCGUGGCACUCGAGUUACGCUCACAGGCGUCAGCUUGCUGGGGGGCACCAACACCACACUGACGGCAGCCAAACUAGGCUCCGUGCCCAUCGAAAUUGUCUUCCAGAAUGAUACGCAGGUUGUGCUUCGCCUUGAAGCCACCUCGGGCCAGCUGCCAGUGACGGGUAGCGUGUACGAUGUGAUCUUGGAAGCCAGCAGCGGUGCGCGCAUCGUCAAGGAGGAUGCCUUGUCGCUCAAUGCCACGGGCGUCCUUCAAAGCGUUACACCGACCAGCGGUACGACGGGAACGCGAGUGACGCUGACGGGCACGGCACUUGUUGCUUCCGGCAGUGAUCUCAGCUCAGUGACAAUUGCUGGUGUCGCAACGACGGUGGAGUCGGCAAGCAGCACUGAGAUAGUAAUUCGACUACCUGCCGGUGUUGCGCCGACCUUUGGUGCUGCUAUUGAGAUCCUCUCGGCGUCGGGCAGCUACAUUCGCAAUGCCAGCGUCUUUAAUCGGUUAGAGGACGGCGUGAUUCGUAGCAUCUUACCCUCGUACGGCGCGUCUGGCUCUGUUGUCACUCUUUCAGGGUUCCGCCUGUUUGGUGGGGCGACCGGCGUUUCUUAUGUGACAUUGGCAGGUGUCAAUGCCACCGUUCUUAGUUCAAGCAAUGACGUGAUCGUUGUUCGUGCAGAGCAAGGUCUCAGUGCUGGUUCGCCACCUUCGCCGGUUACUAUUUUCGCAUCGAGCGGAGCCAUUAUUCACAAUGCUUCAGAUAUUGCCUUUGAAUAUGUUGAGACCGCCGUGAUUGCUAGUGUCACUCCUGCCAGCGCACGACCCGGUGCCAUCGUGACAAUUCAUGGUAGCGCACUGUUGCGCGCUGGCACAGCGGCAAGUUUUGUGGAGGUCGGUGGCAUCAAUGCGAGUGAAAUAUUCAGUGCACAAAGCAACGACACUCGGGUUGUCGUGCGAAUUGGUGACUUUGCCGGACCAGUUCCAACAGAGACCUCUGUUACGAUUGCACUUGAUUCUGGUGCAUCGGUGACGAGCCCUGCUGAUGUGUUCGAGUAUUUGGCCGCUGGAAACGUUACCAGUGUGCAACCACCAUCGGGCCUCUCUGGUACUGUUGUUACGGUGACUGGAUUUGGCUUUUUCAGCGGUGGAACGGCCGUCUCCUCAAUCGUAUUGGGUGGUGUUGAAGUUGAAAGCUCAUUUGCCAAUGACACGAUGCUCGUCUUCGUUGCUGGCGAUGGUGUUACUGGCAACAGCAGCAUCAUUGUGACCAGUGAUACCGGGGCAACUUUUGAGGCUGACAAUGUGUAUGAGUUUGUGGCUGACAGCGAGAUUGAGCUCAUCGAGCCUGCGCGUGGUUCGUGGGGUGUUCGCGUAACGAUCUCUGGUCGCAAUUUCCAUAUCGGUGGCGCCAAUGUUGAUCAAGUUCUUCUUGGAGGUGUUGUUGCUUCUAUCAUCUCCCAAAGCACCACUCGGGUAAUGGUCCGAGCUGGGCAAGCAGUGUCGACUGGUCUGGGCGACGUAGUGUUGGAGCUUGAAAAUGGUGCUCGGCUGCGAAAGUCGCGUGCUUGGCUUGAGGAGCAACCAAGUGAAAUCAUUGCAAUCUCACCAUCGAACGGUACACAAGGCACUCGCCUGACGAUUGCUGGUCAGCAUCUUCUCGGCGAGACUGUUGCGGCCAACAACGACAUUCAAACUGUCUUCCUUGGCGACAUCGAAGUUGAACCAAGUUUUGUCAAUUCGACCAUGGUGGUUCUUCGUGUUCCCGCUCGGGCUGCAGGCAUUGUUAAUGUGACGCUGGAAACGACGCUGGGUGGGCUUAGCUUUGCAUCUGAGGGGUUCACUUUCUUGGAUUUGCCGAGCAUUUCUGCGUUUACACCUGUAAACGGCCAGGCCCAAACGCGGGUGACUGUAUCUGGUGUGAACCUGCUAGGCGGCGGUGUCACGCUAGCCUCAGCCACCUUGGCCGGUGUUGCCGCCACCCCCGUAGCGGGCUACAAUGAAUCUUCUAUUAUCCUGAUUGUCCCUGACGCUCUUGGCUCAGGUCCGGUGCGAAUCGAGGCCGACACUGGUGCAUUCGUGCAAUCUACGUCCAACUUUACAUUCCUGGACCGUGGUAGCAUAACCAAUGUGCAGCCAGAGCGUGGCGUUGCCGGAACAACAGUCACCAUCAUUGGCACAGGCUUGCUGGGCGGUGGCACCAGUUUCGAUAUGAUCAAACUGGCCAAUGUUAGUGUCGCCACUAUUCACGCCGGGAGCAACGACACGUACCUUGUUGUCGAGGCCGGCGAUGCGUUUGGCGGCUUCGCUGGCUCGGUGCAAAUUUAUGCUGAUACAGGUGCUUUGGUUGAAGGCCAAACCUUUGAAUAUAUCGAGGAAGGUGCAAUCGCUUCAAUUAUUCCUGCAAGCGGUCGCUGGAACACCCUCAUAACCAUCUUGGGAGAAGGCCUGCUGUCAGGCAGUGAUCUUGCUCAGCUAACGCUGGCUGGUGUUGACGCGACACCAAUUACAUGGAAUAAUACUCAGAUUGUGGCGCGUGCAGGCGUCGGUCCGGCUUCUGAGCUGACCGGCCAAGUGCGAAUUGUAGCCACCACAGGUGCUACCGUGGUUGGCAACUCAAGCGUUGCCUUCACCUAUGUUUCCGAAGGGCGAAUUGAUGCCGUCUCUCCGAACAGUGGGCGCGCAGGCGUCGAAGUCGCUUUUGCCGGCGUCAAUCUGUGCGGUGGUGGAAACCGCAUCGUGCAAGUUUUUCUUGCUGACUUUGAAGCCAACGUUUCGAGUGACUCGUGCAGCUUGCCAAAAGCAAUUGUUGGCAACUUGAACACGCCGGGGGUCGGCAGCGUCCUUUUAGUGGCCGACACUGGUGCAAAGCUGGAGAAAGCCGCUGCCUGGACCCAACUGGGGGAUGGUACUAUUUCAGGCAUAACUCCCAGCAAAGCCCAGAGCGGCGAAAGUGUGACCAUUAGGGGCGAUGCCAUGUACACUGGCAGCAUUAACGAUGUCCGUGUUCGCCUGAGCGGCAUCGAUGCCGUCGUGCAGACAUCACUGUCCAAUUCCAGCUACAUUAUUGCAACAGUUCCAAACGGUCCCUCGAGCUUGGAAACUGCAACCGGUGAUGUCAUUGUGCAAACUAGCAGCCUGUUGGUGACGCGCUUGGUAAACGGCUUUACUUAUUCGAUCAUGCGUAACUUUCAGCCCUCCUCUGGUAUGGAGGGCACUCGGGUGACUGUCACUGGCGUUGCACUCACCGGAAACGAUGGAACGUUGGUUGGCGCGACGGUCAAUGGCAUCGCCGCUUUGAUUGAACAUCAAAACGAUACUUUGGUGGUUCUUAAAUUAGGUGCUCAAGCAACAGUCACGGAUUUGAGUAGCACGGUGGUGUUUACAACAGCAACACAGACCGUGAGCAGUAGCAACGUUCCGGCAUCGCUUCGAAAGAGCUUCACGUACAAGCCUCCCGGUGUAGUUGCUUCAGUCAAUCCAGCAAUUGGUCUUCCUGGCACUCGCAUCACAUUGGUGGGCACCAAUAUGUUUGGAUAUGGCUCUGCUUUGACUUCGGUGACCUUGGAUGGUGCACCGGCUGUGGUCGUGGGAUCCAGCAACACUAGUCAUAUUAUUGUUGACGUUCCUGCAGGCGGCACCGGCGAAUCUGACCUCAUCAUUACCUCGGAUACCGGCGCAACGGUCAAGCGUGAGAGAGCCUUUGAGUAUCUUGCACCUGCCAACAUUGACAGCGUUGUGCCCAGCAGCAUCCACGCGGGCACACGCGUCACCAUUAGUGGUACUUCGCUCCUGGCGGGUGCUUCAUCGCUCAGCAGCGUGACGCUUGCCGGUGUUGCUGUGGAAUCUAUUGUAAGUGCCACGGAGAGCUCAGUCGUGGCGGUUGCUGCAGCAUCGCCCGCGGCGGUUGUGGGAGGCAAUGCUGUGCUUGUUUCAAACAACGGGGCACAGGUGUCACUGGCCGGCGUUGUGGACUAUGUCGCCCCCGGGGUCGUGACAAGCAUUGAACCAGCGCGUGUCACGGCUGGAACACUAGUCACUAUCGUCGGUACCACGCUGCUGGGUGGCUCUGCGGCUAACCCUCUGCCUACGGUAGAACUGGGUGGUCAUGUCGCGGCUGUGCAGUCAGCCAACGAGACAAUGAUUGUGGUGAUUGCACCGACAGCGCCAGACGGCAGCAGUAACAUCAGCAUCAUCGCUGCCAGUGGCGCUGAGGUAACCCAUGGUGAUGCCUUUUAUGUGUAUGUGUCUGCCCCGGUCGUGAGCCGGGUCGAGCCUGUGCAGGGCCAAGUGGGAACCAUCAUCACAAUCGUUGGUGAGCAGCUCUUCGGCGGCGCUGAUGAAAAGCCGACAGCUGUGGUGAUUGGCGGCACACCUGUGGCAUCUAUUGAUAGCAACAGCAACAACACGCACGUUAUUGUCACCUUGGCCGAGCCUGCAGUGAUUGGACCAGCCAACAUAAGCUUAACCAGCGCUAAUGGCGCACCCAUCGUUGAGAGUGACACGUCACUCUUCACAUAUUUGGUGGCAGGUGAGAUUACGAAUGUGCAACCCGCCACGGGUACGCGCGGUACGCGUGUAGUUCUCGAGGGUACGAACUUGGACCUUGGCUCGACGGUGACGCGCGUGCUCCUGGGUGGUUCGGUCAUCACGGACUUUGAUGUGGCCGCGGGUGCUGGGCAAAUUGUGCUUACGGCACCUGCCGGCACUGCCGGAGGUCCGGUCAGUGUGAUUAUUGAGACAGAACAUGGGGCCACGGCAACUCUUGCAUCCUCGUGGACGUUCGUGCCCGCUGGCGUUAUCAGCAGCAUUGCCCCUGCCUCGGGUCAAGGCGGUGCCCUGGUGACAAUCACCGGUACCUCUCUCCUGGGGGGCGCGAGCAAUGUGAGCCACGUUCUGGUAGAUGGUAUCAAUGUAACACGCAUUGAAUCACUCAGUAACACGGAAAUUGUGGUUGAGGUUGCUGUCCAACCAGCCGGAGAUGUGACAGGUGUUGAAAGAUCCGUACGCGUUGUUGCCGAUUCUGGUGCUUUUGUGGAGUCACUGGGCUUUACAUAUACACCGGCGCCCAUUGUGACCUCUGUCGAACCGCUGCAAGGUCAGAAGGGCACGCGCGUGACCAUUUCUGGAAGCAACUUACGUCAGGGUGCCAGUGCUGUAUCAGCUGUGCUGCUGGCCGGGCGCUCGGCAACUGUCAUCAGUGAAGACGACAGUGAGGUGGUGGUUGAAGCACCUGAUGGCACGGCGCUCGGACCAUUGCCGGUUGCCGUGCAGGCCUCUUCGGGGGCUAGCGUUUUGAGUGACAUUGCAACCGCAAAUUUCACCUUCUUGGAGCGUGGGGUCGUGAGCAACGUAGAGCCCAGCUCGGGUGGCCGCGGGUCGCGCGUGACCUUGAGUGGCACCAAUCUUUUUGGUGGCGCUGCAGCCCAGCCGACCAGUGUGACCAUUGGGGGCGUUGCGACCUCGAUUGUGAGUGCAAACGAUACAGUUGUAGUCGUCGUUGUAGGCAUUGUGCCGGCAGCCGAUGGCGCUGCGGCUCUUGAAGUCGUGGGCAGCGCCGGUGCUGACAUUGACGAGACGGUCACGUUUGAGUUCUUGACACCCGGGGUGCUAAAUAGCGUGGCGCCUGCCAUCGGUGUUUUUGGUACGCGCGUUACCUUGCAAGGCACUGACCUUCUGGGUGAUGGCAAUAGCGUGCUUGAUGUGCUCUUGAAUGGCGUCUCGGCGUGGGAAGUUGAAUCCUCUUCCCAAACUGAGAUUGUUGUGCGAGCGCCUUACAGUGCCACAGGCUCAGCUGCUCCGGGCGAGGUCCGCAUUAUUAGCGAUACGGGUAUUGUGACCACGCGUGCUUCAGCGUUCAGCUUUGGCAGCCCUCCUGUCAUUGCCGGCAGCGACCCUGCUUCGGGCGUGAAUGGCACUGAGGUUCUGAUUUACGGAAGCCACCUCAAGGCUCACGGCACGGCACCACAAGAGGCGCAGUCAGUAUCUCUGGCUGGCAUUGCGGCCACCAUCGUGAGUGCCAACGAUGUGUUUCUGCGUGUGGUGGCUGGUGAUGGCGCGGCUGGCACAACCGGUCCAAUCAUCGUUGAAACGCUUUCAGGCGCCGUCAUUAAUUCGAGCACUACAGGCAUUACAUUUACCUACGUUAGUGAGGCCAAUGUAACGGCCGUACAGCCUGCCCAGGGCGCGUAUCGUACUUUGGUGACGCUACAGGGCGAGAGCUUGCUCCAGGGUGCUGCGCGUGUUACACGCGUGAGCAUGGCUGGAGCAUUGGCCACGGUCAUGAGCUUCAAUGAUACGCAAAUUGUGGUGCAAGCCGGCGUGCCUGCCAACGAGGAUGAGAUUACGGGUGAUAUUGUUGUCGAGUAUGACACGGGUGCACGCCUUGUGGUCGAUGAUGGUUUUACCUACGUAAGCUCGCCCACCAUUACGGAUGUUGUGCCAGCGCGUGGUGUAGAGAACACUCGAGUGACGAUUAGUGGCGUGUCGUUGGGUGCUGGUGGUGAGGUGAUCGGUGUAACGCUCGCUGGCGUGGCGACAACGAUUGAGAGUGCCGGCAAUAGCACGUACUUGAUCGUUCGUGCGGGAGCAUCACCGGCUGCCGGUGGCCGCCUGGGCGCUGUGGUGAUUACAUCAAGCAAUGGGGCACGUGUGGAACGAGCAGGUGGCUUCCGCUACGUGGCUACGCCUGUUGUUACGUCGGUGAGCCCGGCAGCCGGUAUUCUUGGUACGCGCGUGACCAUUCAAGGCACCAACCUCCUUGCUGGUGCCUCUACGUUGGAGGGCGUUAGCUUGGGUGGUGUGGACGUGCUUACCAUUGUCAGCGUAAGCGAUACGCAAGUGAUUGUCGAAGCUGGCCAUGGUCUUGCGGCCAGUGACGUGGAUGUUGUGCUUACGAGUGUGGAUGGUGGCAGCGUGACUGGCGCGGGUGCCUGGACUUACCUCACUCCCGGGGAAAUUCAGGAGGUGCUACCGUCAUAUGGUGGCCGUGGCACUCGAGUUACGCUCACAGGCGUCAGCUUGCUGGGGGGCACCAACACCACACUGACGGCAGCCAAACUAGGCUCCGUGCCCAUCGAAAUUGUCUUCCAGAAUGAUACGCAGGUUGUGCUUCGCCUUGAAGCCACCUCGGGCCAGCUGCCAGUGACGGGUAGCGUGUACGAUGUGAUCUUGGAAGCCAGCAGCGGUGCGCGCAUCGUCAAGGAGGAUGCCUUGUCGCUCAAUGCCACGGGCGUCCUUCAAAGCGUUACACCGACCAGCGGUACGACGGGAACGCGAGUGACGCUGACGGGCACGGCACUUGUUGCUUCCGGCAGUGAUCUCAGCUCAGUGACAAUUGCUGGUGUCGCAACGACGGUGGAGUCGGCAAGCAGCACUGAGAUAGUAAUUCGACUACCUGCCGGUGUUGCGCCGACCUUUGGCGCUGCUAUUGAGAUCCUCUCGGCGUCGGGCAGCUACAUUCGCAAUGCCAGCGUCUUUGAUUGGCUGAGCGAAGGUGUCGUGACCGAUGUUGCUCCUGCGCGAGGUUUUGCUGAAACUUUGAUUACUUUAUCUGGACGCUCUCUUCUUCUCGGCGGCGCAAGUAGUGCGCUCAGCGCUACUUUCAAUGGUGACUCUCUCGAGGUUGUGGCGGCUUUUGAUCAAGCUGUGGUUGUUCGUUUUCCGCAGACAUCUGCAACUGAAAUUAACAGCUCCGUCGUGCUGAGCAGGGUAGAUGGCGCAUAUGCAUCAUCCUCAGUGAUUACUCUGCUUGCUUCUCCAACUAUCAUUUCGGUUGCACCUCAAAAUGCCACUGCGGGGGCAUUGGUGACUCUUGAAGGCAGCAAUCUGCUUGGAGGGGCAACAGGAAUUUUCUCAGUACUUUUGGGUUCCACAUCCGCGACAUUGACCUCGGCUUCCGAAGAGCGCAUUGUCUUUUCAGUUCCAUCUGGGCUGACACCCGAAGCGUACAAUGUCACAGUGCGAAACACAAACAACGGCGUUUUUGUCAGCCCGAUUGCCUUGAGGGUUGGUCACAUAAGCACGAUUGAAUCCAUCGUUCCCUUUUCUGCACACCCAAGUGUAAUUGUAACGAUUUUGGGCAAUAACCUAGACCCAGCAACUCUGGCAUUUGUGCAGCUCGGCGGGGUGAACGCGACCAUUCUGAAUGCCAAUUCUACUGCGAUUGUUGUUCGCGUCCCCGUGCGUGCCGCUGGCUUAGCGGCAGUCUCUUUGCAUCGGAGUUCAGGCGCCGUCAACUCUGAAGCGAAUCUAUUUCGAUUCCUUGCUAGUGCUUCAAUUGCCGCUGUCACUCCGCCCAGAGGCUCUCUCGGCACUCGUGUGACGAUUGAUGGUCAAAACUUGCUCUUGGGCGGUGCUGUAUCCGCUGUGCAGCUGGGCGCUGUUCCUGUCCGUGACCUCAUAUCAACUUCCAAUUCCCGCGUGGUUGUGUCAUCAAACAACACGAUGGCCGGCGCCAACCUUCUGCUUCGAAUUGAGUCUACAUCUGGCGGCUUCGUUGAGCUUUCUGCGGCUUGGAAUGCCACCGCAGCUGGUCAAAUCUCAUCUCUUUCACAGGAUGUCGGUGUCGGUGGAACGCGAUUGAUGGUCGUUGGUCAAGAUCUUGUGGCUGAGGGGUUGUUGCCCGUGGCCGUUUCCAUCGGUGAUCUUGCAUGCACCAUCAUUGACAGUACCGACCGGCACAAUAUCGUGAUUGAGUUACCAGCCGCCACGACUGGUACUUAUGAGGGUGUGAGUGUGGUCGCAGAUAGCGGUGCCGUGGUCGAGAAUGCCACGCUUGCUGUGACCAUCUUACCUGAACCACAGAUCAUCAGCAUUGAGCCGAUUUCGGCCCAGCUUGGCACUCAAGUGACAUUGCAUGGUACCCAUUUGCUGAUGGGUGGAACGAGUGUGGCGUCGCUCAACUUGUCCACUGCUGGCGCAGACCUCAUUUUCAUCAAUGACACAAUGCUCGUGCUGACAGUAAAAGAGGAUGUUGAUGCGGUAACAGUACAGUCCAUCAGUUAUACAGUGGAUACUUUCGCUUCGCACACCUCUACGACAACUUUCACGCAACAGAUCGCCGGUGCUGUUAACACGGUGUUCCCAACAUCUGGUACCGAGGGCACGCGCGUCACACUCAGCGGCGAGGCCUUGGACGGCUAUGGCAAUGAGGUGGCCCUUGCGCUGCAUGGCAGCUCCCCUGUGACCAUUUUGUCACAAAAUGCAUCGGUAUUGGUAGUCGAGAUGCCGGCGUCUUUUGCUUCUGAUGAAAAUUUCACUCUUGUCGCGGACACUGGCGCUGUUGUGCGCUCGAGUGUACCGUUUGCCCGCCUGGAUGCUGCGACUGUAGCUGCAAUCUCGCCCGCAGAAGGACAGCUUGGAACAUUUGUCAACAUUUCGGGUGCCAAUCUUCUUCAAGGCGGCGUGGCAGUGGCGACUAUCGAGCUUGCCACCGCGACCAUGGAAGUCCUCAGCGCUACGGAAGAUUUGCUGCAGCUGCGCGUGGCCCAAGCAAAAGCGGCCGGUCAAGCUGGCGGCCUGGUGUACCAGAUGGAUACAGGCGCUCGCAUUGCCCUUGCCAGCCCGACGUUUACAUUUGUCAGCGCAAACUCCAUCGCCAUUGUCACGCCCGACCAAGGCGCGGCGUCAACCGUGGUGACCAUCGUGGGCUCGUUGUGCACUGGUUCGGCCAGCGUGAGUGGAGUAUAUUUUGGCACCUUUGCCGCCCCAAUAAGCUCAAGCGCAUGCAAUCGCGUCGUGGUGACUGCCCCAGCCACUGGAUUGAACUCAUCUGUAGACGUCAUGGUUGAGUCCUCCAGUGGCGCUCGGGUGUCGGCCGUGGCUGGAUUUACCUACUUGAGCGACGGUGCCAUCAACUCAGUCGAACCGAAUGCAGGACAAGCUGGGAGCCGAGUCACCAUUCAAGGUGAACGUCUUCUUUCCGGCAGCACCACUCGACCAGACGUGCUUUUUGGAACUGCUCGGGUAGCCGCAGACGCCUACAAUGACACCUUCAUUGUGGCUACAGUUCCAGCGGGAGCGGGCAGAACCGACGUUGCCGUCGAAAGCGAGUCUGGGGUGGCUAUUCGUCUACUGGAUGCCUGGACCUACUCGACCAUCGCCAGCGUAAACCCCAACAGUGGUCAAGGUUCCACCUUGGUGACGCUGUUGGGCGUGGCAUUGCAAGCGGGGGGUUCAUCUGUGGUGGGUGUGACCUUUGGCACAACAGCAGGCAAUGUCGAGUUUGACAACGAGACCAUUGUCGUGGCUCGCGUUGGUGAGGACGCCGUGUUGAGCGACACCCCAGUAGAUAUUACCCUGACCAUGAACAACGGUCAAGCAGUUGUGUUGAAUAACGGAUUUACGUACCGCCCUGCCGGAGCCAUCACUUCUUUGACACCUGCCUCGGGACAGCGUGGAACGAUUGUGUCAAUUCAAGGCAACUCCCUACGUGGCUAUGGGGGUGCAGUUGAAGGGGUACAGCUCAAUGGCAUCGAGGCAACCAUCCUCUCUGAGAGCGAUAAUCUGGUGGUGGUUGCUGCAGGUCACAGCGCUGUUGCUGGGGCUGGGGUCGUGCGCUUAACGGCCGACUCGGGCGCUGUGGUAACGUCUACCGGUGGGACGACGUUUGCGUACGUUGAGCCAGCACAGCUCACGGCCGUGACUCCAAACACAGGUGCCAAGGAUACCCGUGUUACCAUUACUGGCUCAUCGUUGCGUCAAGCGGCUAGCACCAUCUCCUCCGUGGAACUGGCUGGCGUGCUGGCCUCAAUCGUAUAUCAAAAUGACACUGCCAUUGUGGUGCGGGCCGCUGAGGGUGUGGCGACUGGUAGCUCCGAAAAUAUUACGAUUACAGCUGAUUCCGGUGCUUUUGUGACCUUCAUCAAUACUUGGCACUAUGUACCGAGUGGCGAGAUUGAUACCAUUACCCCUGCUUCAGGACAGGCGGGCACCUUCAUUACGAUCCAGGGCAGUGAUUUGCGAGCAAACUCAUCAGCCGUGACCUUGGCUUCCAUCGGCGGGUCGCCGGUGCAAAUUGUUUUUGAGAAUGAGACUCUGGUCAUUUUGCGUGCCAGUGCGUCCAUCCCUGUGGGAAGUCAAGAUGUCCUCUUGGAGGGUGCCAGCGGCGCUACCAUUGAAGCCAGUGCCUCUUGGACUCAAGCUGCUCCUGGCGUCAUCACGAGAACUGAUACGGAACUCGUAGUGGAGUUGGAUGACGCUCCUGCUGGCGCGGUCAACGUAACCGUUCGUGCUGAUACAGGUGCUGAGGUGGUGGCUGCUUCAGGGGCAUUCACAUAUCUGCCGCGCUCCAGUAUCGCGGCACUUGAGCCCAGUAGCGGCCAGCUAGGAACGAUUGUGACGCUGACAGGCUCAAAUUUGCUGGGUGGCGGCAGCAACGUAGUGGUGCGCUUUGGCAGCAUCAAUACGACGGUGUUGCAGGCCAACGAUACCGUCAUUGCAGUGGCUACCGGGGCCAAGCCGGAUACUCUCUCGAGCCUUGACUUGGUCGACGUCACCGUGGUGGCGGAUACGGGUGCUCGAGCCGUUUUGGUGGAUGGCUGGCAAGUCGCUCCACCAUCAGCCAUUAGCGCUCUUUCCGUGGCUCGUGGAACACGCGGCACGCGCGUCAACAUUACAGGCACCCGCUUGUUGGCUGAUGGUACUGCGAUUGUUCGAGUCACGUUGGCUGGUGCGGAAGCCACCAUCUUGCAGGGUAACAGUCAAGACUUUGUGUACGUGGCUGCUGGAGAUGCAAAUGCUGGCGUGGGUGAUGUGGUUGUGGAGUCAAACAAUGGCGCUACGACGGUUCUAGCUGGAGCUUGGAGCUACCUCGAGCGAGGUGACAUCACUGCAGUGCUGCCAGCUACGGGCGUGUAUGGCACGGUGGUGACUGUGCGCGGUGAUCGGCUCUUGGGUGGCGGCUCUCGCGUGGUUGCUGUAUCCCUCAAAAACAUUGAGGCUGCACAAAUCCUAGUGGAUGACUCGGACAGUGAGAUCAUUGUGGUUGCAAAUCACGGCGAUCCAGGCGUGGGCAAUGUCACUCUUUACGCCGACACCGGUGCCAUCGUCACCACGAGUUGCUAA